CUAUUAAUAUACAUCUUAAUAUUACUCCCAGUUGUGCCACCUCCAUUGGCUAUCUACCCGCUGAAUGGAAACUACACAACCGAAGAUUUACUUCGAAGGCCGGCAAUCAAGGGCGUCGCGCAUAACGUUGAGCUCGUGGAUGGGCCGUACAACGUACCUGAUGGAGCCUAUCAAUUUAAAGGCCAGGCCAACAGUUACAUCGAGUUUCCAAAUGGUAACCUCAUACUAGACGCUAAGUACUCAAUCACGCUUAUGUGUUGGGUUAAACCCGGGGGCAAGGACGGACCGCUUUUUAACUACAAUAAGAACAAUUGGGGCGUUCACAUCUGGCUCGCCCAAGCAGGAAGGUUCUUCGUAAGAAUCACCAAAGCUGGCUCGCACGCUUUCCAUCCAUUUGUACAGACAGUUAAUCCUCUUCCAAUAGGAAAGUGGGCUCAUGUUGCAGCCACGUACGACUUCAAUACUGGUUACAACGCCAUAUAUGUCGAUGGGGUACUACAAGCUCCCAGUAAGAAUGUUGGUAGGGGGUCCCCAUCGAUACCUAUCUCGACCAACGACCCUGAAGUUCGAAUGGGUGCAAGGCUAAGCGAUGGCAGAUACUUCAACGGAGCAAUUUGUCAGAUGGGAAUAUGGAAUGUUGCGCUUACCCAAGAACAGAUAGAAGUGGAAAUGAGAAAGAAAGGUAGUUUUAAAGCCUAAGCGCGCGUGUCUGCCAAUUUGUAAUACCUCCAUGUGAGCAAAAUGUGACGUUGAGACCAUUUUCUAAUAUACCGGCCGUUCGAAAUUCACCUUUUUCCCAUAGACCUGAAUGCACCAUGUUCACCACUUAACUCAGUUUUGCGAUACUGAAAUUGCCUAAAAUGUUGAAACCUUCACUAGCUUGCAGGGCUCAGUUGUUCAAAAGGUGGACAACGCUUUCCAACGGAUAAAUCAUAAUUUAUCCAGUGGAUAACCCAGUUGGUUUCCCUAAUGCUUAUCCGGUAAAUACCUCUAUCCGAGGAGUACUCCAUAUGAUUACUUAUACAGGGAGGCUCCGUCCGAAAGGGGUACCUUUUUUUCAGGCUUAAGUUAUAUGAAAGGGUAGGGAUUUCCCUUGUUGAAGUAUAUGGAAAGGUAGGGAAAUCUGUCAUUUGGGUCUAUGAAAGGGUCCAAUAGGGCUAACAGAUGAAUUUAUGGCUGUAUAAAGUCGAGAAAACGUUCUAAUUUGUGAUUGAUUACUCAGUUCAACAGUUAAAAGGGAUGCAAAGUUCUGAACAUGGUAUGUGAAAGGGGUACCAUUUGUCAAACGAAGGUAAACGAAAGGGGGACCUUUUCGUAAAAAAUGGUAUAUAAAAGUUGGACCUCGGGGCGGAGCCUCCCCGUAUAAACACUUCUUGAGUACCACCCGGGGCGCUAUCCAACGUUUCAACAACUACGGGCCAGAUGACCUAGUUUAUUGUGUUACUUCUCAAACAGCUAUACGACAACCAAAGCCAUGCGACAUCAAUCCCUGUGAACAUGGAGGGACAUGUCUGAAUGAUGGAAACAGCUUCAAAUGUGUUUGCCCUGAAGGAUAUACCGGACGGACGUGCGGACAAGGCAAGUAAAGACACUAUUAGUGCUCUAAAAAUAACAUCAUCAUAAAUUUGGUAUGGGAACUUGUACGAAGUUGGACCCUACAUUAAGCGAAUAACCACUGUUUAUAGAAUUAUUAUUUAUAAUAUAACCAGCUGGCACUGAUCAUUAUUUUAAUGAUACCAGCAUAUAUCCUCUCGAUACGAUGGUAUGUUUAACAAUCAUUCCAUAAGAGCGCAUUGAAUAUGACACGGUAGCAAAGCGCCGGGUCAGCUUAACUAAUGUCAAAUACAACAAGCGCGCUUUUUAUUGAAAAUCACCGCUCAAAGAAUAUCUAUAAACCUUUCUGAAAUUAUUUUUUUAAAAACGAACGGUGAAAAAACAAGGAGCAAUUAAGGGAUUAUAGUGGUCUCAAUUUCAUUUGUCGCCCGAUAAGCCCCUGAGAUGUACUCCACCUAGUCCAUUACUAAUGAAAAGAAAGUCAAUGAGAGAAAAUAUUUGAAAGUGGCGAUUUUUGUUUACUUUCAUUUCUUCAUGAAAUAGACAUCGAUGAGUGUGCGUAUUGGUAUUACUUGAGCUACGGAUUAUAUAAUCGUGUCAUUCGGACUAAAAUUAGCCCUUUAUCCAAUAAUCCUGGUAAUUAUUGAAACAUUUGCUUUAAAAACGCGUUACGGAGAUUGCUUCAUCUUCGAAGACUUUUAACUUUUAACCAAUUGGCGGAUCGUGGGAUAUAAAAAAAAGUGAUACCAAACAUGGAACGAUUACUACAUAUUUCCGUCAACAGAGGGCGAUUAUUCGAGGGAGGCGAUUAAUCGAGGAACGACUAUUUUGGGGGGAAAUACGACACCCUCCACCUGUAGAUCAUUUGAAAUACAGGGAGGGCAACUGAAAAACCCCUUAAAACACCCGUUACAUAGAUAUCUGAUUGUAUGUGUACUAUUAAUAUACCUUAACAGUACUCCCACUCCCAGUUGUGCCACCUCCAUUGGCUAUCUACCCGCUGAAUGGAAACUACACAACCGAAGAUUUACUUCGAAGGCCGGAAAUCAAAGGCGUCGCCCAUAACGUUGAGCUCGUGGAUGGGCCAUACAACGUACCUGAUGGAGCCUAUCAAUUUAAAGGCCAGGCCAACAGUUACAUCGAGUUUCCAAAUGGUAACCUCAUACUAGACGCUAAGUACUCAAUCACGCUUAUGUGUUGGGUUAAACCCGGGGGCAAGGACGGACCGCUUUUUAACUACAAUAAGAACGAUUGGGGCGUUCACAUCUGGCUCGCCCAAGCAGGAAGGUUCUUCGUAAGAAUCACAAAAGCUGGCUCGCACGCUUUUCAUCCAUUUGUACAGACAGUUAAUCCUCUUCCAAUAGGAAAGUGGGCUCAUGUUGCAGCCACGUACGACUUCAAUACCGGUUACAACGCUAUAUAUGUGGACGGGGUACUACAAGCUCCCGGUAAGAAUGUUGGCAGGGGGUCCCCAUCGAUACCUAUCUCGACCAACGACCCUGAAGUUCGAAUGGGUGCAAGGCUAAGCGAUGGCAGAUACUUCAACGGAGCAAUUUGUCAGAUGGGAAUAUGGAAUGUUUCGCUUACCCAAGAACAGAUAGAAGUGGAGAUGAGAAAGAAAGGUAAUUUGAAAGCCUGAGCGCGCGUGUCUGCCAAUUUGUCCUACCACCAUGUGAGCAAAAUGUGACGUUGAGACCAUUUUCUAAUAUACCGGCCGUUCGAAAUUCACCUUUUUCUCAUAGACCUGAAUGCACCAUGUUCACCACUUAACUCAGUUUUGCGAUACUGAAAUUGCCUAAAAUGUUGAAACCUUCACUAGCUUGCAGGGCUCAGUUAUUCAAAAGGUGGACAACUCUUUCCAACGGAUAAAUCAUAAUUUAUCCAGUGGAUAACGCAAUUGGUUCCCCUAAUGCUUAUCCGGUAAAUAGCGCUAUCCCUGGGGAGUACUCCCUAAGAUGGCCUACACAUGGAGGCUCCGCCCGAAAGGGGUACCUUUUUAGGCUUCAGGUGUAUGAAAGGGGUAGGGAUUUCACUAAUUGAAGUAUAUGAAAAGGUAGGGAAAUGUGUCAUUUAGGUUUGUUGAAGGGUCCAAAAGGGCUAACAGAUGAAUUUUAUGGCUGUAUAAAGUUGAUAAAACGUUCUACUUUGUGAUUGAUUACUGUUUAAACGACUAGUGCAUUUACAACAGUUAAAAGGGAUGCAAAGUUCUAAACAUGGUAUGUGAAAGGGGUACUAUUUGUCAAAAGAAGGUAUACGAAAGGGGGACCUUUUCGUAAAAAAUGGUAUAUAAAAGUUGGACCUCGGGGCGGAGCCUCCCCGUAUAACACUUGUUGAGUACCACCUGGGGCGCUAUCCAACGUUUGAACAACUAGGGCCAGAUGACUCAGUUUAUUGUGUUACUUAUCAAACAGCUAUACGACAACCAAAGCCAUGCGACAUCAAUCCCUGUGAACAUGGAGGGACAUGUAUGAAUGAUGGAAACAGCUUCAAAUGUGUUUGCCCUGAAGGAUAUACCGGACGGACGUGCGGACAAGGCAAGUAAAGACACCGUUUAGUGCUCUAAAAAUAACAUCAUCAUAAAUUUGGUAUGGGAACUUGUAUGAAGUUGGAUCCUACAUUAAGCGAAUAACCACUGGUUAUAGAAUUAUUAUUUAUAAUAUAACCAGCUGGCACUGAUCAUUAAUUUAAUGAUACCAGCAUAUAUCCUCUCGAUACGAUGGUAUGUUUAACAAUUAUUCCAUAAGAGCGCAUUGAAUAUAACACGGUAGCGAAGCGUCGAGUCAGCUUAACUAAUGUCAAAUACAACAAGCGCGCUUUUUAUUGAAAAUCACCGCUCAAAGAAUAUCUAUAAACCUUUCUGAAAUUAUUUUUUUAAAAACGAACGGUGAAAAAACAAGGAGCAAUUAAGGGAUUAUAGUGGUCUCAAUUUCAUUUGUCGCCCGAUAAGCCCCUGAGAUGUACUCCACCUAGUCCAUUACUAAUGAAAAGAAAGUCAAUGAGAGAAAAUAUUUGAAAGUGGCGAUUUUUGUUUACUUUCAUUUCUUCAUGAAAUAGACAUCGAUGAGUGUGCGUAUUGGUAUUACUUGAGCUACGGAUUAUAUAAUCGUGUCAUUCGGACUAAAAUUAGCCCUUUAUCCAAUAAUCCUGGUAAUUAUUGAAACAUUUGCUUUAAAAACGCGUUACGGAGAUUGCUUCAUCUUCGAAGACUUUUAACUUUUAACCAAUUGGCGGAUCGUGGGAUAUAAAAAAAAGUGAUACCAAACAUGGAACGAUUACUACAUAUUUCCGUCAACAGAGGGCGAUUAUUCGAGGGAGGCGAUUAAUCGAGGAACGACUAUUUUGGGGGGAAAUACGACACCCUCCACCUGUAGAUCAUUUGAAAUACAGGGAGGGCAACUGAAAAACCCCUUAAAACACCCGUUACAUAGAUAUCUGAUUGUAUGUGUACUAUUAAUAUACCUUAACAGUACUCCCACUCCCAGUUGUGCCACCUCCAUUGGCUAUCUACCCGCUGAAUGGAAACUACACAACCGAAGAUUUACUUCGAAGGCCGGAAAUCAAAGGCGUCGCCCAUAACGUUGAGCUCGUGGAUGGGCCAUACAACGUACCUGAUGGAGCCUAUCAAUUUAAAGGCCAGGCCAACAGUUACAUCGAGUUUCCAAAUGGUAACCUCAUACUAGACGCUAAGUACUCAAUCACGCUUAUGUGUUGGGUUAAACCCGGGGGCAAGGACGGACCGCUUUUUAACUACAAUAAGAACGAUUGGGGCGUUCACAUCUGGCUCGCCCAAGCAGGAAGGUUCUUCGUAAGAAUCACAAAAGCUGGCUCGCACGCUUUUCAUCCAUUUGUACAGACAGUUAAUCCUCUUCCCAUUGGAAUGUGGGCUCAUGUUGCAGCCACGUACGACUUCAAUACUGGUUACAACGCCAUAUAUGUCGAUGGGGUACUACAAGCUCCCAGUAAGAAUGUUGGCAGGGGGUCCCCAUCGAUACCUAUCUCGACCAACGACCCUGAAGUUCGAAUGGGUGCAAGGCUAAGCGAUGGCAGAUACUUCAACGGAGCAAUUUGUCAGAUGGGAAUAUGGAACGUUGCGCUUACCCAAAAACAAAUACAAGAGGAGAUGAUGAGAAAGAAAGGUAAUUUUAAAGCCUGUGCGCGCAUGUCUGCGAACUUGUCCUACCUCCACAUGGGCUACCGGUCGCUCUAAAUUCCCCAUUUUCAUAUAGACCUAAAUGCACAUUGUUAACUUCCAACAAUUCUGCAUAACCUUAGUCUUCGAUUUUUCCUGGAACGACUGUAAUACCCAGGAGAUAUUGGAAACAAUGGUUAUGUAAAACUCUGCGGGGUGAACAAGGUGCAUUAUGGUCUAUGUGAAAAUGGUGAAUGGUGGAGGGCGGGAAUUUUCCAGAUUCAUUUCUUUUGGGUGAGGCAUUGUGAGUUAAGCCAUGACCAAAGAAACUGUAGAAAAAAUUCUGCGUGAUACUAUGAAAUAAUUAUGUUGAGCCUAUAGAGGGUCUCAAUGGGGUUAAUCAUCAGCCGUCAAAAGGCCGAAAUUUAACAGUCAGUCGUCGAUAAAGGUAAUCAUUUACUGUCAACUCUCAAAAAUGCAGGUCAUGUUAAUUGUCAAAAACUUUGAAGGUAUUGCAAAUCUUACUAUCUCAGCUGAUCGAUUUCCAAGGACUUCUGGCUCCUGAAGAAUCUCUAAACUGAAAAAACCAGUUAGAAUGUACAUAAUCUCAAAAGCACUCUCUUUAGACAUUACAAGACUUUUCAACUUGUUUAUGUCUGAAAAUACCUCGAAAGUUUAUAAGUGAAAGGCUUAAAGUCCUUAAAGAGAACCUCCAAAACACAACAAGUUAAUAUUGAUUUAUGCAGAAGUUAACAUUUCUAAAAUUUCUUUGACUAAAUUUCCGCUUAAUAACCUUCAACAAUCAAAAUACGAAAAAAAAUUAACCGGCGUCCACUGUCAAAGCCUCCACCCCCAUUGAGACCCUCCCUAUAGCUAAAAUGGAGGUCAAACGUGUUGGGACCUUUCCGGUGAUAUUACUAAAACUAGCGAGCUCUCCCCUCCCACCCAAAACAAAGUUGAAUUUUGAGCAAAAUGGUUAGAAAUGAGUGCCUUUUGGCCACAAUUUGCUGGGGGGAGUGGGGGGACGACGGGAUGAACCCAAAGCCGAACCAAAAAUUGUCGUUAGGAGCAGGGUCCUACGUAACAAUUACUUGGAAGGGCUUUUUCACACAUUCAUAAGUUCUUUUGUCCUCCACUGCAGUGUUGCCUGCGUGCAGACGUCUCCUAUUUCCUUUGUUGCACGCGUACAACAAGGGAAAUAGGAGACGUCUGCACGUAGGCAAUUACAGUGUAAUAUUUACCAAUUCUGAAAAGAAUUAAAGUUUAGAUCUGACUCAUGCUGAUCGAAAUACAGAGGGUAGCUGGUAAAUUGGGGCUGAUUAUAAAACUAAAACUUUUGUUGUUCUCAUCUUCUACUAGAGGGUCUGAAUGGGGGUAGCACCUUGAUAACACAGAACACUUUCGGGGGCGAAGGCAGUUAACUCAUAGACCUGUAGUCUCGGGCCUACAAAUUUCGGGUUUGAUCACUCUACCGCUUGUUAUAAAUUAUGCGUUGUUGGGGUGAGCUAAAAAGCUUAUAAAGAGCUGAAAGUGUUGGUGAGGUCACUGCGUACUAGUCACGCGUGCAAUUUUCAGGACAUGUACGAAUGAAAGACAGCCAGGCCAACAAUCAGUCGAAAAGCAGGCUACACCCCUGACUUUGGUUCCCCGAUAUGAAACAGUCAAAUUUUAGGCAUUUUAACACUAACAGUAAAAAUGUCACCUUAACAGUAAAGUUUUCCGUCAAAGAAAGAAAGGCGGCUCUAAAACACCAAUAUUAUUUUGUUUAGUGCAUCAAAGAGUUUUCGGCCAUUUUUCGACAGUUCCCAACAAUCUCAGAACAUUUCCGAACACUACUGAAGACGUCCGAAGAACUUUCCAAACAUUUAACAUUAUAUUAUCCGAAAACAAUAAACAUUUAAAAAUGGCUAAUUUAACAGCAAACAAUAAAAAUUGUGGGCAAAUAACGCUAAACACUAAACCCCAUUCAGACCCUCUCUACUAGGGAUCGAAGCAGUUAUUUUGAAAUUUCUAGGAUACUGAAAUUGCUGAAAUUGUUGAAACCUUCUAAAAACUUAAACACUCACUUGUGGGGCCCAGUUGUUCAAAAGGUGGACAAUGCUUUGCACAGGAUAAAUCUUAAUUAGUCCAGUGGAUAACGCGAUUGGUUUCCCUAAUACCCGGGGGUACUCCCUAUGAUGGCGUAUACAAGGAGGAUCCGCCCGAAAGCAGUACCUUUUUCAGGCUUCAGGUAUGUGAAAGGGUAGGGAAAUCUGUCAUUUGGGUCUGUGACAGGGUCCAAAAGGGCUAACAGAUGAAAUUAUGGCUGUAUAAAUUCGAAAAAAACUUUCUAUUUUAUGAUUGAUUACUAUUUAAAAAACAGCGCUUUUACAACAGUUAAAAGGGAUGCAAUGUUCUAAACAAGGUUUGUGAGAGGGAUACCAUUUGUCAACAGAAGGAAAACGAAAGGGGUACCUUUCUCGUAAAAAAUGGGAUAUAAAAGUUGGACCUCGGGGCGGAGCCUCCCCGUGUAAACAUUUGUUGAGUACCCACACCCCCCCCCCCCCUUCCCCCGGGCCCUCUCCAAAGUUUGAACAACUAGGGCCAGAUGACCGAAUUUGUUGUGUUACUUAUCAAAUAGCUAUACGACAACCAAAGCCAUGCGACAUCAAUCCCUGUGAACAUGGAGGGAAGUGUAUGAAUGUUGGAAACAGCUUCAAAUGUCUUUGCCCUAAAGGAUAUACCGGACGGACAUGCGCACAAGGCAAGUAAAUACAGUAUUAGUGCUCUUAUGACAUUGCCAUAAAUUUGGCUACAGGGAAACUUGCACUAAACUGGACCCUACAUCAAGCGAAUAACCCGUAAUUAACUAGCCGUAAUCAGGGAUUACGGAGUGCGUUCGAAUGUUGUAAAUAGUAUAACGCAUUCGCGCAUUCUGAUGCUUUUAGAUACGCGCGCAUCUUGCCCAUGGAGUCUAUGACGUAUUUUCCGGUGGUUGAACCAACCUAACAUUGAGAUUCUUUCUGCUAAAUGCUUGUGUCCAGGCUUAUCGCGUUCAGUUUAGGUUGUGUUGUCCUGGCGUAGAACACAAUUACUAUUCAUUAAAAUAUUUCGCCUUUUUUGAUUGUUUUUUUCCUUGACUAACUCUUCAUAACCAGCCGGCGCUGAUCAUAUUUUGCAGGUACGAGCAUAUAUCAUCUCGAUGGUAUGUUUAACAAUCCACAAGCGCGCAUUGAAUAUGAAAUGGAAGCAGAGCGCCGAGUUGGCUUAACCGAUUUCAAGUACAACAUGCGCGAGUGAUAAUUUCUUUUUAUUGAAAACGCUCACAGAAUAUCGAUAAACCGGAGUCCUGACCUUAUUUUGUUGAAACGAACGGCGAAAAAACAAGGGACUUUAGCUUAGUCACAAAUUGUCACCAAGAUUGUCCCCUUGCAAAAUUCAGGGAUAAUGGUGGUCUAAAUUUCAUUGGUCGCCUGAUUACCCCCUGAAAUGUACUCCACCUAGUCCAUUACUAAUGGAAAGAAAGUCAGUGGGAGAAAAUAUUUGAAAGUGGCGAUCUUUGUUUACUUUCAUUUCUUCGUGAUAUAGACAUGGAUGAGUGUGCUUAUGAAAAAGGCGGCUGCCAAGAUAUUUGUGUGAAUACAGUUGGAAGCUACUAUUGUUCAUGUUCAGAUCCUGAGUUCAGUCUCGCUCCAGACAAACGCCAUUGUAUUGGUAUGUAAUAGUGUUGCUUUUGGCUAGGUACCAGACUCAGUGAAGGAUUUAAGGGAGGGUGGGCGGGGUCAGAGGGGUCCGGCCCCUACUAGAUACAUAGUAAAAUGAGAACGGAGGAUUUUUAAAAGUAGCUAACUCUAACUGACUAACCUGAGCUACAGAUUCUAUAAUCGUGUCAUUUCGAUUAAAAUUAGCCCUUGAUCCAAUAAUCCCGCCCGACGGUAAUUAUCGAAACAUUUGCUUUGAAAAUGCGUUACAGAGAUUCCUUCAAUCUUCUAAGACUUUUAAUUAAUUGGCGGAUGUUGGGACAUAAAAAAGUGAUUCCAAACAUGGAACAAGCUUGCGUUCAAUCGAUACUUCGCUUUGACGUCAUACUGCAACACGAUUGGCCAAUCAAACAAUGCCGUCUCCAUAUUAGGGUUUUCUUUGGCGGGAAAACGAAGAGGCCAUGUUUUGAUCUUUUCAUCCAUUGGCUGAUAAAACAAAUAACGAACACUUACCGAAACCAUUUUUCAAGGUCAUACGAAAAUCGCUCUAUCACUAAAACUGUGCACCGUUUAUAAUUUCAAUCCUGAACAGCGUCUUUUCUUGUACAUUCCGAAUCCAGGGCGGCCUUGACAUAAUCUAAAUAACCGAUCUCGGGCACUUCUUUAAUUUGUAUUAGGUCGCAUCAAUGAUGCAGCUGUUCUCGGUAUAAAUGGAGAAACAAUCCUGCUUUUGUUUGUUUUUCGUAAACAGCUGAAGGAGUGGAAGUGGAUUGUGGACAAAAUGAUAUGAAAAUAACUCUGCCCAAGUCCCUGCUCGAAGGUUUGGACCGUCAACACCUGAGGCUGAUUGAUGUCAGCUGUAGAGCAUAUGAAAACAAGACACAUUACUUCCUUCAAACCCAGCUCACGGGCUGCAAAACGAAGCUUAGACGAAAAGGAGACUUUUUCGUCUACACCAACAUGGUUUCUGAAAUACCCAUCAAAGAGAACCAGAUAGUCACGCGCGUACGUGAAGCUAUGAUCCCUUUCUUCUGCUGCUAUUCAAAAUGGGGCGUGGUUUCGUCAGUUGGGCUUAAACCAAUGAGCAAGAAGGUCAUUUUUUCCUCCAAAGGAUUUGGAAAGUUCACCAUCUUUUUGAAAUUAUUCAACAAACCAACGUAAGUGAACACUUAUUCGAUGACGAGAACAAGAAAAAGUAUGAGAUCUCGGUUUAAUACUCUUACUCGUAGUCGAUACUUGACCCUUCAACACUUUAAGUCCCAAGAGUGAUCAACAUCAAUUUCUCCAAACAAUGAUCACCUCAGGGAAAAUGCUUUGACCCUCUAUCAAAUUCUCUCAACUAAUUCUUCAAGGAAAUGUAUGAAGAUUAGUUUGGAGAAUUUUUAUGUGGAUGUCGGGGCUUAAAGUGUUAAGUCUCAAUAUCCACAUACAAUGUCUCCAGAUUGAUCUCCACACAUUUCCUUAAAAACUAUGUCGAAAGAAUUUGAUAAAAGAUCAAAGCGGUUUCCCUUGAGAGAUCAAGUUAUUCAUUCUCAUCACGUUUUCUUUCGUUAAGUGAUGUUGGUCACCCGCGGGACAUUCAAAGGGUCAAACUCUCAAUAGGCGGAGUCCAGUUUUCAGGUCGUUUAAUGUAAUACGGGAGUUUGAAAAAGGGUUAACAUAAAUCAUUGCAGUUUUUCACCUCUUCUCUGAAACAAAAGGGAAAGAUCACCUCAGGCUUUCUUUGAUGUUAAAAAAGGACCUGUCUUAACUCCAAGCGUCCUAAUAUAUAGAUUUAGCCGAAGCUAAAGGCAAACCUCUCGUUAAUUAAAAAAAAACACUAGAAAAAAAUUUUAAAAAGACACAUUAGAGUUGAGCCUGCGAUCAGUUGAAUACUAGAAACUUGUCAGCGGUAAACUUAAAAAAACACGUAGCCUGUUGGGUCGACAUCUGAGCCUGAGAUACGGUCAUGUGAUACUGGUCAGCGGAUACCCUGUUUUGACAGCGUUAAUUGACCACAACAUGGAUGUGCAACACUAGGUUACAGGCUCCCACGCUAGCUAGAAAGUGUAACCUUUCGCAUUGGUUUCCUUGCGGUGCGGACAGACGGGCGGGUAGACGUAUGCUCAGGUGACUACCAAUAUUUCAUGGAUGGAGAGGAGACAAGAGAUUUGAUGAACGCAUUUUCAAUUACACCUACUGCUAAAACCUGGGGCUGUUAAAAAUCAGUCACAGAGAGUUUUGUUGUAGUUACAGAAGACUUGUUAAAACUCCUCCAUUAAUAAAGAGCUCACUAAUUUGUUACCUGUAGUCUAAAAACUGAUAGUAUAAAAUUGAGUGAUUGUGGUUUUCAAUUUUGUUAUCAGCUUCGAAAAUCCAUUCUCCCAAAAAGACUUCCCUGUUAUGUUUACCAUUCGAGAAAGAAUGUACUUUGAGCUGCACGUCGACACUGAAGAUCGUCGACUGACGAUUUUUGCCUUGGACUGCUUUGCUACCCCAUCUCAGGACAGGAAUGCACUGCCCAGAUACGAUGUUAUAAAAGACGGGUACGUAUCUCACACAUAUAGCUCUGUAUCAGGAGGUCCUCCUGCUCCGUAUCAAUCUCCGAAGGGUAUAAUUAUUAUAUAUUUAGUUUAUGUGUGUUUUUGGUCAAUGUAUUACUCCCUAUGAUGGCCUAAACAGGGAAACUUUGUUUCUGUUUCCAGAUGCGCCGUUGAUAACACAGUGGAGUUCCACCACCCGCCCAACCCACAAAAUCAGCGUUUUAGCUUGGAAGCCUUCCAGUAUGUCAGCAAACACCCUUACGUGUUUAUGCACUGUAGAGUUAAAAUCUGCAACGCCACGGAUCCAAACUCAAGGUGCGCUCGAGGCUGCGUGAAACGUGAGCUUAGAAGCGUUGAAACUCUCCAUGAAACGGCUAACAACGAGUAUUCUCUGGCCCAAGGACCGCUUACUCUGGAUCGAGAGAAGAGAGUAGCGAAUGCAGAUGAAGCCGUUAAGUCGGAUCAGAGCACGCACGAAGCAGAGCGCAGUAAGUAGCGGUCGCUUACUUUUUUGAUGCAAAUGAAUUUUGUGUAUGUAGAAAUCUGUUCGACUUCGAUAAAACAGUAAAGCUGGAUUAACAUUUGAAUAAGCUUUGCGGGUUUUAGCCUUGCUGACGUGAUUUCUAUGGUCUUAAAGUAAAGACAGCCAAAAAAUGCUUGAAAUUCCAAGAUUCAUUUUGUUGAAUUAAGACAAUCAUUACUACGAGCCCACUCGUUUUAAAUACAGGUUCCUUGUAGUUCUGAAUCAGCAAUUCUUGAAUAUCACGUGGAAUUCUCUAUCCUAGAUCGUGAAAGUUAACUUCUCAAUCACUAACGUAACGCUUCGCUUUUAAUGCGAGCGUUACGUUACGUUAUGCUCAGAUGUAUUUAAUAUAAGAUAAUCUUAUUAUACAGGUCUACAGCUGCCAGUUGUUAUUACUUUGGCGGUAGUCAUUGGAGUCUGUCUGGUGGGUAUCUCUUAUUUACUGUGGCAGAAGAAACGCGUGAAAGCUUUUCGUCAGUACAAGCAGCUUUAUGUCGACUCACGGAACUGA